UUCCGCAUUCGUGGAUCGCAGGAUUCGAUUUGAGGGUGAAGAAAGCGCGCAAUACAAGCGAACUCUUUGAAAUUAUUUCGGUGUUAAUAUUGAUUGAGCGUUGAUCAACUAUGUCUCAACAAAGCUCGGGACCGUCAACGGUGGAGGUAAAAAGCUCGACUACGUACAAAAUUCUAAAAAAUGACAGGGUGGGACGAUACAUGGUGGCGAACAAAGAAUUGCAACCGGGCGAAGAAAUUAUCACGGAGAUGCCUUUCGUUGUCGGACCAAAGGCGUUCUCAUACCCCUUGUGUCUUUCUUGUUACACACCAUGGCCAUCAAGGGUGAACGCUAAAUAUCUCUGUACGAAAUGUGGUUGGCCGGUUUGUUCCGAAGAAUGUGAAAAUCAACCGCAGCACAAAGAUUACGAAUGUCAGGUAUUCGUACAAGCAAACGAGAAAUUUGACGUAAAAGCUGCUUUAGAGGAGACCAACGAAAACGGAGUCCCGCAAUUGGAAUGCAUAACUCCGUUAAGAUUACUGUUGGAAUCGGAGAAAAGUCCUGAAACGUGGAACAACGAAGUGAAGAACAUGGAAGCGCACAAUAAGAUAAGAAGCCAAAAGGCGCACUGGAAGUCAGAUCAAGUGAAUGUUGUCGAGUACAUAAGGAAUAGACUUAAAUUGGACAGAUUUUCAGAGGAACUCAUUCAAACAGUGUGCGGAAUUCUGGAAAUCAAUACGUUCGAAGUACGAACAGAGACCAGUUAUGCCGCGAGAGCACUUUAUCCAACGGUAGCUCUAAUGAAUCAUUCAUGCAUCUCUAAUACAUGUCACAGCAUUUCACCGGUUGAUUACAGAAUACGAGUGAGAACCACCAUCAAAGUUUCUCCAGGCGGUGAACUUUAUGCAAGUUAUACUCAUUCGUUACUUCCGACAAUGCUGAGAAGGGAACAUCUUCUCGAGGGAAAACACUUUACUUGUGCCUGUGCGAGAUGUUCCGAUCCCACCGAACUUGGUACACAUAUGUCCUCGUUGAAAUGUAACAAGUGUGACAAUGGAAUCGUACUAUCUUUAGAUUCUCUGGAUCCUGACAGCUCGUGGAAAUGCACUCAUUGUGAAUUCACGACAAAGGGAGCAGCUGUACGAAAAGUAUUGCAAAUUAUGCAGGCGGAUGUGGAUGCAGUGGAAGCCAUCAGCGGCGCUGAAGAAAAUUUCAAUUUUACCCAAAGAUACUUCGUAAUUGAUGAAAAUUUCGACGUUUGCCUAAUUUUACGAAUGUUAAUUUUACUUUUCAGACACUCGUUGACGCAAAUGUACGGUCGUGUCGACGAAUAUCUCUUAGACGAUUUGCCGGAUGUCGUGUUAGAGCACAAAAUCGAUAUGUGCAGAUUACUACUUCAAGUGUUGGACGUCAUAGAACCUGGCUAUUCUCGUAUCAGAGGAAUGACGUUGUACGAACUUCAUGCACCUCUCCUCUUCGUCGCGAAAACUCUAUGGAACGCCGGAGUGAUUGAUGAGGCUGCCUUGAAAUCGAGAAUGAUAGAAGCUUCGAAUAUUUUAAAGGAAGCAGCGACAAUUUUAUGUUUAGAACCGCCAGAAACGGCCGAAGGACAAAUAGGCAUCGUCGCUAAAGAAUCUCUAGUUCAGCUUGAGCAAUCGAUCAAUAAUUUAUAAAUAUUUAUUGCAAAUGAGCGAAACUUUGUGCGGACGUGCUUCUUUCUUAAUAAACGUAUGUAAGAUCGUAUGUAAUAUUAAUAAAUAUAUA